GGUCCAGCAGAUAGAGGCGGCGGCAGCAUGCUGAGCGCAGUUGCCGCACUGUGCCUCAUACAAACUUACCCGAGCUGUGGAAGUAGACUUCUUUACCUGCAUGCCAACAUGACAACAAGAGCCUAACACAGAGCCAAAGAUCAAAACUACAGCGGUCAAGCAUCCGCAGCCGCUCCAGUGAUCCGCUCUGUUCAGCACAUUCACUAAGGAGAUUUAUCACACGCAACCUGAGAUGAGCAGCAGCAAGAAGAUGGAGGAUGAGGCGGUGCUGGACCGGGGGGCAUCCUUAGUCAAGCACAUCUGUGACGAGGAGGAGGUAGAGGGUCAUCACACCGUUUACAGCGUGCACGUGCCCAAGAGCUAUCGGCGUCGGAGGCGUCACCGUCGGAGAACCGGCCACAAGGACAGAAAGGAGAGGUUGACGGAGAAUACUUCUGACAAGUCGGACACAGAAAACAACGAUGAGGCCAGCAACAGCAUCCUCAAACCUCUCAUCUCGCCGGCAGCUGAGAGGAUCCGCUUCAUCCUCGGUGAGGAGGAUGACGGCCCGGCACCCCCACAACUCUUCACUGAGUUGGAUGAGCUGCUGUCAGUGGAUGGACAGGAGAUGGAGUGGAAGGAGACGGCCAGGUGGAUAAAGUUUGAGGAGAAGGUAGAGAAAGGAGGUGAACGCUGGAGUAAACCACACGUGGCCACGUUGUCCUUACAUAGCCUUUUUGAACUCCGGACGUGCAUAGAGAAAGGCACCAUCAUGCUCGACAUGGAAGCUUCUACUCUACCUCAGGUUGUUGAGAUGAUCACUGACAACCAGAUAGAGAUCGGCCAGCUGAAAGCAGACCUAAAGGACAAAGUGAUGUACACGUUGCUACGGAAACAUCGUCACCAGACCAAGAAGUCCAACCUGCGUUCUCUGGCUGACAUCGGCAAGACGGUCUCCAGUGCAAGUAGGCUGUUUUCCAACCAGGAAAAUGAUAGUCCCACCACAACCCACCGGAACCUGACCUCCAGCAGCAUGAACGACAUUUCUGACAAACCGGAAAAAGACCAGCUGAGGAACAAGUUCAUGAAGAAGUUGCCGAGAGAUGCUGAGGCCUCCAACGUGCUGGUGGGGGAGGUGGACUUCCUGGACACGCCAUUUGUGGCGUUUGUUCGUCUGCAGCAAGCUGUGAUGCUGGGAGCCUUAACAGAGGUUCCUGUUCCCACAAGAUUUUUAUUCAUCUUGCUUGGACCCAAAGGCAAAGCCAAGUCGUACCAUGAGAUUGGCAGAGCGAUCGCCACGCUGAUGUCAGAUGAGGUCUUUCAUGACAUUGCGUAUAAGGCCAAGGACAGACGAGACCUGCUGGCUGGUAUCGAUGAGUUCCUGGAUGAGGUGAUCGUGCUUCCUCCUGGAGAGUGGGAUCCGGCCAUCAGGAUAGAGCCUCCGAAAUCCCUCCCCUCCUCUGACAAAAGGAAAAACAUGUAUGCAGGAGGGGACCCUCAUAUGAACGGAGAUAUGCCUCAUAAUGGAGAGGGUCACGGAGGAGGGGGACACGCUGUAGGGGACGAGCUGAAGAAGACUGGAAGGUUUUGUGGGGGUCUCUUACUUGACAUCAAAAGAAAAAAGCCUUUCUUUGUCAGUGACUUCACCGAUGGAUUUCACAUUCAGGCCUUAUCGGCCACUUUGUUUAUUUACCUGGGAACUGUGACAAACGCCAUCACCUUUGGUGGUCUUCUGGGCGAUGCUACAGAAAACAUGCAGGGUGUGUUGGAGAGUUUUCUGGGCACAGCAAUCACCGGUGCAAUUUUCUGUCUGUUGGCCGGCCAGCCUCUCACCAUCCUCAGCAGCACCGGUCCUGUUCUGGUGUUUGAACGGUUGCUCUUCAAUUUCAGCAGAGAAAAUGAUUUUGACUACCUGGAGUUCCGCCUGUGGAUCGGCCUGUGGUCAGCGUUCUUCUGCCUGGUGCUCGUGGCCACUGAUGCCAGCUUCUUGGUUCAGUACUUCACCCGGUUCACUGAAGAGGGCUUCUCCUGUCUCAUCAGCUUCAUCUUCAUCUAUGAUGCCUUCAAGAAGAUGCUCAAAUUAGCUCACCACUAUCCCAUUAACUCAGAAUUCAUGAUGGAAUAUGUCACACAAUAUGACUGCUUGUGUAUGGCCCCUGCUGUUCUAGAGAACAGUACAGACAUCAUUGGUGAUCCUUUAGAGGGUACUUCAGUCUGGUAUUGGAACAACACUGAUCUGCCAAUGAACGCCACGUGGUCAUCCCUCUCAAAGACGGAGUGCUUAAAAUACAACGGAGAGCUGGUGGGCAAGGCCUGUGAGUUUGUCCCAGACAUCACCCUCAUGUCCUUCAUCCUGUUCUUUGGCACUUACACUUGCUCCAUGUGUCUAAAGAAGUUCAAGACCAGCCCAUUCUUCCCCACUACUGUGAGAAAACUCAUCAGUGACUUUGCCAUCAUCCUGGCCAUCUUCAUCUUCUGUGGAGUUGAUAUGCUCGUAGGAGUCGAUACUCCCAAACUUAUUGUACCAAGUGAAUUCAAGCCAACAAGUCCUAACCGGGGCUGGUUUGUGCCCCCGUUUGGAGGAAACCCCUGGUGGGUUUACCUGGUGUCAGCUCUUCCUGCCCUGCUGGUUACCAUACUAGUCUUUAUGGACCAACAGAUUACUGCUGUGAUCGUCAACAGGAAGGAGCACAAACUAAAGAAAGGGGCAGGUUACCAUCUGGAUCUGUUCUGGGUGGCCAUUCUGCUGAUUGUUUGCUCCUUCAUGGGUCUGCCGUGGUACGUGGCAGCCACAGUUAUCUCCAUUGCUCACAUUGACAGUCUGAAGAUGGAAACCGAAACAUCGGCUCCUGGAGAGCAGCCGAAGUUCCUGGGUGUGAGAGAGCAGAGGGUCACUGGUGUGUUGGUGUUCCUUCUGACAGGACUGUCUGUAUUUAUGGCUCCUAUUUUAAAGUUUAUCCCCAUGCCUGUGCUGUAUGGAGUCUUCCUAUACAUGGGGGUGGCCUCUCUCAAUGGAGUGCAGUUCAUGGAUCGUCUCAAACUGCUUCUGAUGCCAGCAAAGCAUCAGCCGGACUUGGUUUACCUGCGACACGUUCCCCUCAGGAAGGUCCACCUCUUCACCUUCAUUCAGAUCCUUUGCUUGGCUCUGCUCUGGGUCCUUAAGUCCACUGUGGCCGCCAUUGUAUUCCCUGUCAUGAUCCUCGCUCUGGUGGCCGUCAGAAAAGUGAUGGACUACAUGUUCUCCCAGCAUGAUCUCAGCUUCCUGGACGACAUCAUCCCAGAGAAGGACAAGAAGAAGAAAGAGGACGAGAAGAAGAAAAAGAAAAAACAAGGCAGCAUAGACAGCGAUGCUGAUGACGAGAUAAAUCCCCAUCAUUCCUUGAACGACACACAUCGUGCUGAGCAGCUUCGCUACUACCAGGCCAACUGCUUGUCCAGCCCUGAGAUGAGUCCGCUGAAGUCUGUGCCUCAGAUUACAAUAGACAUGGACCCAGACGAUGAUAAUGCGUUCUACUGGAAGAGCAGAGGAUCUGAAACGUCUUUGUAGAGCACCCAACCACCGCGACUCCUGACAGGCGACUCCUGCAGCACCCGCGAGAUAACUUUUACUUUCCUUUAAAAACAAUUAUUUCAGCACUUUGCUCUGAGUAUGUGGUACAUGGUCUUAACACGACACACUUUAAAAAACAACAACUUUCUUUUACUUAAUGAAGUCAUUUUAAAACCAUUUCUUUCCUCACUAUCUUCUCUUGGUGUUUUCCUCACAGCUCCACAGUAAACUGAUAAAUGUAACUCCUUACUAUCCUUCUAUGCAACUCUUCCCACAUAUCAACAGUAAAUGCUGCAGCUCUCUCUGACCACGCAUGAAAUGCCCUCCUUGAUCUUUUUUUAUAUAAAUAUAUAUAUAUAAAUAUGUGUCUGAAUUUUUAUAUAAAUUGAUUUAAUAACAUUUUUCUGUGGCAGAAUUUUUGUUUUUAUAGUUCUACCUCUUGUUUUAGAUUAAAAGCUUACUAUGAACAAAUGCAACAUGUUGAUUUUUGACGCAGCAUGGGGUUUUGAUAUUUUCUCUGUCCUUUUGUAGAUAUGAAAUGAUUCAGAAGAUUAACUGUAUUAUAGCUCGUGAAGGAAAUGUGUGCAAAUAGAGAUUAUUUGAAGUUAAUUAACAGUUGAUUAACAAUGUAUAUGUGUAUGUGCAGGUCAGGUAAAUCUUUUUAUUUUCAUUUGUUGAUGCAGUUUUGAUUGCUUCACCUUCUCUUUCUAAUGUUCUGAAUCUUUCAUUGUUCACUUCAAAGCUUUUGUUACUCUUAAAUUCAAACUUUUUGUUUUUCUUCUCUUUUUUUAAUGAUCGUUUUGUGUGUAUGUCGGUAACUUUUUCUUAUGACCUUCACUUCAUUCUUUCUUUGUGGGUAGAAAACAGUUCAGCGAUACAUUCAGUUAAUCAUCCGAUUGUCCUCAGCCAAACGUAAACUCUAACUAGGAAUGCAUAUCAUAUCAUCACUUGUGCUGCACAAACUACUUUACCGAAGUGGCUUAUAAGAGAUGGAUCCAGACUGAUUUAUUAUUGUAACGACAAGGGAAUCAUAUCCAUGGAAACUCCAUGCAGCAGGUUUAUUUCUUUUUGUCUCAGAUGCUGUUGGAAUUAUCUGAUCUGAAAAUGGGAUCAUACAUUUCUUUUUUUUUUAUUAACAUAUUAAAGGAUGGGUUUGAAUUUGUUCAAGUAUCUCAAUACUGUACUCACAUGCAGUACUGUAUGUACAUUAAGGGAGUUAUUGGAUUCUGUUAUCAUUCUUCCUGUACAGGCUGUGACAGCCAUAGACAUAUAUACAUAGACGCCGCAUUAUGUAUAUAUGUCUAUGGUGACAUCAUCCCUUCGUAGAGCAACUAAACUGAGAUACAGGGGAGAAACCAUAGAGAAAUCCAUAGUUAGGUUAUAGUCACACAUACAGAUACAAUGAUGUUAGUUGUCUCCUGCAAGCCUGAACUUUGCAGCUUACCCUUGCUCCUAUUGGACAGUUGUUUUCUCGCGUUGCUACUAUAUUGGCGAACGCUGUAGUAGUUCAUUUUCCAAACUAUAGUAUGUGUUUCCAUCAUUGUAUUUCUCCAGAAUGGUAAACCUGCUUACAGUGUUUUUUUACAUAGUUGUUUUAUACUCCUCUAAACUAUGUGCUUGAAGAGAUCAACAAAACAACUGCAAUUGGUUCUUGCAAGGUUGACACACAUUUAAAAAAAGAAAAAAAAGACCAUUCUUUUGGAGGAUACCCACUUGAUUUGUCUCUAAAGUCUCACCUAGCUAACUUUAAAAUACACUUUUGCACAGGAUUGUACAUUUUAUCUCCCAUGUUUUGACAGCGUAGUUGCAUCAGAAAGGUAUUGUUGGCCAGUAUGGAGACAAGGGAUGAGUACAGUGAACAGAAACUCUCAGUGCACAUUUGGCAUGUGAGCGUUGUGUUAAGAAAGACUCCAAACAUACCACAGUUGUUUUUUUUAGAACUUAAUCUCAAUCUGUUGAAAUGAUGUACAAACUAUUCACUGUAUUCCUACAGAGUGCCCGGUGAGUCCACAGUCCCAUCCAGAAAGAAUCCAACCCUGUCAGAUCUGACCACAUGACUUUUAUUGGCCAGUACUAUCUACUAAAGCACUGAUCAUCAUUACAGUACCCCCCCCCCCCACCCCCAAUUUCUCUCUAAAGGACUCCCUGAAGCACAUUCUCACUUGGAUGUUUAACUCUUACAUGGAAGUCCGCUAAGUCUUCAUUACCACUAUAGACAGAAAAUGUAACCGUGUGAUUAAUGAGCCGCCUUCCUGCUCUGUGAAUCAUGUACAUAAAAGGCACGUCGGCUCAAACCAAAAUGCAACAAGUGACUUUUAACCGUCACGGUUCAUUGUGUUUAGUUUGUUUCAGUUCAUCAGCCGAAAUAACAACGUAAUUUAUACACAACAGUGUUUUUAGUCGACAGCAGCGAGGGGGAACAAUUGUGACUUAAUGUCUGAGACAUGUAUGUGGGGAGAUGUUAGUUUCAAGUGUACUGUGUCACUAUGUCAGGAGAAAAAUCUACGUCAAAUGAGAAACUUGAUGUUAAUUUUAGCAUACGGAAUAAAUACUGAUACGUUUGCUUUGAUUAACUUUUUAGAAACAGGUGAAAUGAAUUAUUUUAGAAUUUAUAUUUUUCAAAUGAAAUGUAUAUUGAAAAUAAACAGAAUUGUCAAACAGA